CAGUGAUUGAUUGACAUGUCACCAGGGCAGAAUAAUGAAGCCAAUACAAAUUAAAUAUCUUCUAAAUGUAACCUCUUAACAUAUUAAACAUAUGUCCAAAGUUAAUAUCUUUGCAAGCAGGUAUCUUGAAGUUCAUGCUUCUUUUUCAACACAGAAUUGCUUCAUACUCUCAAUAGUACCUGAAAAUUCCCCAAUAUAAACAGCUGACGUUGCAGAUAUCAAGGUCCCGGACUAUAUAAAGAGGCUCUGAUGCGAGAGUGAUUGCACCGCUACCACUGAGCUCGAGGCUCUCAGGAUGAACACCCUCAACACUUUGGUUCUCUUGGCUUUAAGCCUCUCCGUUGCUCAAUCCCUGGAUUACAAGGCUCUUAACCAGUUCAGAAAUAUGAUCCUGUGUGUGAUGCCUGAUAGCUGGCCCGUCUUGGACUAUGCUGACUAUGGCUGCUUUUGUGGAAAGGGUGGCUCGGGCACACCUGUGGAUGAGCUGGAUAGGUGCUGUGAAGUGCAUGACCAGUGUUAUAGCGACGCUAUGCAGCAUCCCAAUUGUUGGCCGAUCUUUGACAACCCUUACACGGAGCUCUAUCACUACAGCUGCGAUAAGGAGCAGAGGAAGGUCACCUGUGACAGCAAAAACGACGAAUGUGAGAUGUUUAUUUGCGAGUGCGACAGAAAGGCCGCAGAGUGUUUUGCCCGGUCGCCAUGGAACCCCGAGCACGAGCACCUGCCCAGCCACAUGUGCGAGUGAAGACCCCCAGCAAACCUGAGCCAGGAACUGUAGCUAAUGUUUGGAGGCGUCAAUGACUAUCAAGAAACAUCCAUCAUGAUGUCUUGUUGAUUGUUGAAAGCGGAAAUCAAAUGUGUUCAUUAAGAGCGACAACGUUGAUGAUUAGAAAUGAUAAUCAUGGCAUUUAUUGAAAGAUGUUUCAAUUUGAAAUCAUUCAAUGCGUCUCAAUUUCACUCUGCAAGACUUUAAAUGUCAGUCAUAAGAAGGAUUGAAUGAUUCCCUUGCAAAAUAAAACCAAGUUAUUUAUUUCA